UGGUGCAACUUUUGACAUCACUCGCGAUGCUCUAAGUAGGCUCUGGACAGUCUUCGGCUGGGGCAGGAAAAAUUUCGACAUUAAAAAAUAGCGUGCUUCUCUGAGAAUUGCAUAUUUCACGCGUCUGUGCAUUUUUUCCUCGAUUCACCUUAUAUGAGCUAGAAAUUAGAGAAAAUACAAAAACACAUAUUUUGAAAUUGUAUUUGUAUGUGUCCUUUAAUCAUAGUUAGCCAGAAAAAAGAGGGUUUCCCGGAUUUUCUGGGCAUUUCCCAAGUGUGUUCUUGAUGUUUCAUGCUUGCUGGAAACAAAAAGUUUGAAAUCAUCGUUUUGUUCGGUUAGCCAAGACACAAACCGCAUUUCGGACACGUUUCGGCUGAGCUCGAUUCACCAGCGACCUCUCGGCCAGUGUUUUUGUUUUGCCGUCUGACGUUUGGCUUCGUCCUCGUGAUUUUUCACAACUUUUUGGUAUUAUCUCAGGGAUUCAAGUUAGUGAGCGACCAGGGAGAUGUCUGAGCGAAAAGUGUUGAACAAAUACUACCCUCCGGACUUCGAUCCGUCGAAGAUUCCGCGGAUGAAACUGGCCAAGAAUCGCCAGUACACAGUCCGACUGAUGGCCCCAUUCAAUAUGCGGUGUGUCACGUGUGGGGAGUACAUCUACAAGGGGAAGAAGUUCAAUGCGCGCAAGGAGGACGUGGAGAACGAGACGUACCUCGGCAUCCGGAUUUACAGGUUCUACAUCAAGUGCACGCGUUGCCUGCAGGAGAUCUCAUUCAAGACGGAUCCCAGGAAUACGGAUUAUGAGAUUGAGGCGGGCGCCACGAGGAACUUCAUGGCGCUGAAGCUGGCGGAGGAGCAGGCGAAGAAGGAGGAGGAGGAAUUGAGGGAAGAGGAGGCCAACAAUCCGAUGAAGUUGCUGGAGAAUCGCACGCAGCAGUCCAGGAAUGAGAUUGAGCUGCUGGAGUCCCUGGAGGAGCUAAAGGAUCUCAACAGGCGACAGCAGACGGUGGAUUAUGAGCAGAUGCUUCAACAAUAUGACACAACGGAGACGGCCAAGGACAGGGAGGAGCGUCUGGCGCGUCUGGACGAGGAGUACAUCAAGACGGUGAACUUUGGCAAUUCAGCGGGGAAGGUUGUGGCUGAGGAGGAAGUGGUGGAGACAAUAGUUCUCGCCAAGGUGCCUCAAUUGAAGCCCGAAACGUCAAGGGCAGAGAUAAAAGUACCGCCAAAUCGACUGAAGAUGCAAAAUCUCGUGCGCCGGAAGGAAAAUACUACUCCUGAGGCGAAGAAAGCAACUCCAGCUGGUGGAUUAGGUCUCUUGGCGGCCUAUUCCGACAGCGAUUCCAACUCUGACUGAUUAGAUUGCGCCUCACAUCACACCGACAAAUCGCUCUGGACAAUAUAUUCAUUGAGUCGUUUAACGACAGUACAACAGAGAGCCCCAUUUAGCAUCGCACUCGGCGCUCCAAUUCAGUUGCGAUCGCACUUUCGCGGGAAUCGGUCAC